GAAAAAAAUAAUUUUAUUGCAGAAGACGGUCUAGUCGUUGCCCGAAGAUCGAUGAAGGGAUUUACUCAUUGGCCAAACCAUUCUGUUAAGCAAAGAUCGUCUUAUCCCGAGGAGACAUGAAAGUUAAGAUGGCUUUCAUAAACCCAGCAGCAGUUUUGUUGUUAGUAGGCGUGUUAAUUAUUCGGAUAAACGCGGUGGUGGAUGACCCAGCCAUCGAGAGUCCUAGCAAUAAUUCUUCGAUUCACAACGAAGAUUCAGGCCAUGAAUCUUCAGCGGAGAUAAAAGUGGCUAGAUUCGAUUUUGAAUAUGUAUCUGGACCGCUAACGAUUAUUGUGUGGAUUCUUAUAGCAAGUCUUGCUAAACUUGGGUUUCAUCUGUCUCACAAGCUAUCCUCAGUCAUACCAGAAUCAUGCUUGGUUAUAGUUCUUGGAGUUGUAAUAGGAGGAAUAAUGGAGGCUAUGGGCAUCAGUGACAGAGCUCCAAUCUUUUCAUCACGGACGUUCUUUUUGUUCAUGUUGCCGCCAAUUGUUCUAGAGGCUGGCUAUUUUCUUCAAGACAGAGCAUUUUUUGACAAUAUAGGAACAAUUUUAUUGUAUGCAGUUGUGGGAACAAUUUUUAAUACAUUUACAGUAGGUCUGUCCCUGUUUGGAGUAUCAGGAAGUGUGGGAUGGGACCUGAAAUUGAUGCAUGCGUUGACCUUUUCAUCACUCAUAGCUGCUGUAGAUCCAGUUGCUGUGCUGGCUGUGUUUGAAGAGAUUCAUGUUAAUGUCAUGCUCUACAUCCUGGUGUUUGGUGAAUCACUUUUGAAUGAUGCUGUGACUGUGGUAUUAUAUCACCUUUUUGAGGCCUUAGCAGGUUUUGAUGUAGUCGCUUAUAAAGAGAUCCUCCUUGGGUUUGCAUCAUUCUUUGUGGUUAGUAUUGGUGGAACCCUAAUGGGAUUGCUUUGGGGAUUAACCACAGCAUUUGUAACCAAAUAUACUGACCAUGUCCGAGUGAUUGAACCCAUCUUUGUGUUUGUUAUGAGUUACCUCUCAUACCUGACAGCAGAAAUGUUCCACUUGUCUGGAAUCAUGAGUAUUGUGACCUGUGCUAUCAUCAUGAAGCCCUAUGUGGAGCUAAACAUAUCAAGAAAAUCUCACACAACAAUCAAGUAUUUUCUCAAGAUGCUCAGCUCUAGCAGUGAAACUCUCAUCUUUAUGUUUCUUGGAGUGCGAGUGGUUAGCUGGCCACACGUGUGGAACACGUCUUUUGUGUUUGUUACACUGAUAUUUAUCCUGCUCUUCAGGGCUUUGGGUGUGGUUAUACUGACAUUCUUUGCCAACAAAAAUCGGCUCAACAAACUCAGUGCUGUUGAUCAGUUUAUCAUGAGCUAUGGUGGUAUCAGAGGAGCUGUGUCGUUUUCUCUGUCCAUUUUGCUCGUCGAGGAUCAUUUUCCUAUGAAGAAUAUGUUUGUCACAACCACGAUUGUGAUCGUCCUUUUCACGGUUUUCUUUCAGGGAAUGACCAUUAAACCUCUUGUGCGGAUUCUUCACGUCAAGUUGAGGGGGAAGGAACAACGCAGCAUGUAUGCGGAGCUUAAUGAAAAGUUUUUAGACCACCUUGUGGCUGGAAUUGAAGAAAUCAGUGGUCAGCGGGGUCACGGAUAUUACUGGGAAAUGAUAGAGUAUUUUCACACGCAUUAUCUCAGAAAAUGGCUAAUACGUGACAGCUAUCGGUUCGUCCAUGAUGAAGAUAUUUUGCUGGCUUACAGAAGACUGGCCUAUAAAGAUGCCUUGACUCGGUUAGAGAGAGAAGGUAGUGGAACAGUCCUGUUUUCUUCAGGACUUCCUGUUGAACUGCUGGCUCGUAGCGCAUUCGAGGCUGCAGCGAUCACAGCUGCUGAAACGAGUGAAGAAGAAGACGAAAACAAGGCUAUGUUGAGAGCGGGUGACGAAUGUCGUGUACCAGACGCUAUUCAAGUUGACUGGAGAGCGGCAGGAGUGCCAAGUGGCGGCGAACUUGAAAUUCACGACACUUCAAGCCAUAGCUUAAACAAUCUUAUAGAGAGGAACAGAAGAUCAUUUAGACAUAGGAAAAUGUACAGAAAUAACCUCAUUGACGACGAUGAAGAAUUAUUUGGUGAGAGAGGCUACCUUAUGCCCAUGAAACCAAGAGAAACAGCGUAUCAAAAUCAGAUUUUAGUCAAUUCCAAACCUGUUCACUAUCAUCACAGACACAAGCCAAAACACAAAAAACGACAUAAACACCACAAGCGACGCCCGGAUCCCUUCAAGAAAAACCUGUCUGAUAUAUUUGAAGAGGAAGACCACCAGGAUGGAAAAUCGUCUCCGACAAUAGAGGCAAAAGUAGGGCCCAUUCCCAGCAGUGAAGAUGAAGAACCCGGUAUUACUUUUGAGGCGAAAGCCAGAGGAAGACUGGGCCGACAUGCAUCCUUUGAGAAUGAGCCAAGCAAAUACCCCACUCCCGAGGAGCCAUCCUCUGAGGAUACUAAAAAUGACACUGAUAAAGACAAAGAAGAAAGUAAACCAACAGAAGAUUCGCCAACAGAGCCAGACAACAUUCCCUUGGCCUCCUUCGUCGUUGAUAUAGAUGGCGAGAACGACGAAGAAGUAAAUGCGGAGAGCGUUACCAGUUAUUUAUGAAGAGAUUCAAGUUUAGUUUGGUAAUUAAAUUUGGUGCCGUCUUUCAACUUGGAAAGCAAAAGAAAUUUCAAUAAUAAAAGGCGGGUUCCUUAAAACAUUGGAAGCGUCAAGUUUUGCAAGGUUCUUCUAACAAUGCCAGAGUACUUAGAAAAAAAAGAAGUGAAGUAAAAGAAAUUACAGAAGUGAAUGAAAUAAUCAUUGAACCAAAAUCCGACCAUUUAUUAACGGAGGUAAUAGGUAAAAUAUGUGAAUUCAGUAUGAUACAUUUUUGAUAUUUUGCUCAAGGAUUUGAAUAGCUGUUAUUUUCUUAAAAAAAAUAAUUGAGUCCAAGCGACAUUAAAUUUAAGUGAAAUUCAUUUAUCCUCUAUUAAUUAAAUUGAAUGUGUCGCUUUUUAAAGUUAAGCAUAAAUCACCUUUGUCCUGAAUACAACUUAAGUAUUUCUGGAGACGUUAAUUUAUUGCAGAAGCUUUACACUUUUGCUGUAAUCCUGAAUUGUUAUUCAACAGUCUGAAAUAGCUAGAAAUAGUUCUUAGUAAAGGCACAAAUAUACGUUUUUUUGCACAACAUGAAAUAUCAAUUUGAACACACAGGUGGUCCUAGCUCGACGGACACGAAUAUAUGACGAGACAAAUCGAAAGUAGCUACAGAAUAUCAAUUAUUGAAUUCAAUAUAAUUGUGUAGUUUUCAGAGCUCGUUAUGUUAUAUCAGUGUUCUAGCUGUCGGAUAGACAACGGAAAAAAGUUGUCGGAAAUAAAUUAGACAACAAACAACACGUCGUUUUUUCAUGUCCAUCGAGCGUAGGAAAGGCUGCUCGAGGUCUAAAAAUAAAUAUUGAAUGGAGAAGGCUGCCUGAAUCACGUAAAGUGGGGCAAGUUUAAAAUCUCUUAUACAACGUCAGACCAAUGUGAAUACUGUACAAUGAAAUAGCUGUUGAGUUAUUUUCAAUCGAAAGAGAACUGUUUUCAGCGAAAACACCUGAUCAUAAUUCUUCCAAACUUUGUUCAUUUUUGUAGUGCUAAGAUAUAGAAAGUGAAUUGCGUUCACACUAAACUGAAAGCUCGAUUACCAGUCACUGUUCGGGAAAGGAGCCCGUAGAUCGGACUUGGGAGGGCGGUGAAAAUCGAACUUAACUAAAUUGACGAAAAAAAGUACAAAAUUUCAUUUUAAAUGAUGAUAAUUUAAUGAACUCUUGUACUCUAGGAAACCCUUUUGCUUAAGGCAGAACAAGGAGAGAAUGUCAAUAUUGUGAAAGACAAAUUGAUGUUAGACAAUUGUCACAAAAUCGUUACUUUAAGGUAAUAAUUUUAUCUGGAAGUUGUGAUGUAAUUUUUUAAUACCUUGUCAACGGAUAUACAUAUAGUUUUAUUGAACUUCCAGACAAAAGUUAUUUAAUGUACUGUACCAAACCAGCUUGCAGGAUGAAACUAUGUUAAGCAAAAACUAUGUAAUAAUUAUUUAACUUACAUCCCUAUGUUUGUGUAAAAUUCACAACAACGGUAGAAAGUAAAUUCUUAAAGCUUAAUAUUUUUAUUAAAAUGUAGAACAAUUUA